AGCGCUCUUGGGCACAAGGCUUGGAGGAGAUCACUCUUCCACAUUCGAUUGGCAUCCAAUAAAGCCGAAACGAUCCGAGGUCUGACCAAGGAUUUGCGGGUCCAAGAUCUACUACCUCAAACUGAGAAGCUCUACCGUGACCUGCUUCAGGGUCAGCGUUACGCUUUAGCUCGAUGCAUCACUCUGGUCGAAUCAUCCAAUCGACAAAAAGCCUUGGAAGCCAGAAAGCUACUGACUUUGGUAGAAAAACACAUGCGACAAGAGCGUCCCGGAGAUCUCAGGGGACAGUCCCAAGGGACCACUUUUCGAAUUGGACUGAGUGGACCCCCCGGCGCGGGCAAAUCAACUUUUAUCGAGAACUUUGGUCGGAGCUUGACGGCUGAAGGUCAUCGAGUAGCGGUUUUGGCCGUGGAUCCGUCCUCAGGAACCACGGGUGGAUCAUUGUUGGGUGACAAAACGCGCAUGCCAGAGCUGACGCGAGAUCUAAAUGCCUACAUUCGACCCUCGCCCAAUCGAGGUCAUCUGGGUGGAGUGACCCGAACCACCAAUGAGGCUAUUGUGCUCUGCGAGGCCAGUGGUUAUGAUAUCAUCAUCGUUGAGACCGUGGGCGUGGGUCAAUCCGAGUAUUUAGUGUCCGAUAUGGUGGACAUGUUCUGUCUUUUGAUUCCACCCGCAGGGGGUGACGAACUGCAAGGGAUCAAGCGAGGCAUUGUGGAACAAAGCGAUCUGAUUAUCGUCAACAAAUGUGAUGGGGAUCUCGUGGCACCCGCUCGUCGGAUCAAGGGAGAAUAUACCUCUGCCCUGAAAUUUAUGCGGAGAAAACAUGUGUUGUGGAAGCCCAAGGUUAAAUUGGUAUCAUCAAUUACCCGUGAAGGUUUGCCCGAUGUUUGGGAGGUGAUGAUGAAAUUCAAAGAACUCAUGAGUGAGCAUGAUGAACUUGAGCUGAAACGAGCCAAACAGAGGCAGAAGUGGAUGUGGAACUACAUCAACGACAGACUGCUCGAGAUCUUUGUGUCGCAUCCGGCCAUCAAGAACCGAACCAACCAUCUCGAGGACAAAGUGGCCAAUUUCGAAAUCAGUCCCGGUACGGCAGCCGAUCUGCUCAUCGAAAGGUUCGUUCAGAUCGACGAGAAGAACGCCAAGAGUUGACGCCAACAAGUCAUUGCAUUUGUUCAUUUGUAACGUUAGCAGGAUUUGAUCAUCAUAAUAACACUAAAACAAUAACAUGUUCGA